CCGACGGCCGACCCGCAGUGUACCCGGCGACACAGACCAGCGCGCCGCGCUGGGAAGGCCGAGCCGUCGAGCGUGGCGCGUGCCCCGAGCGAGGGUGGCUCCUCCACGCGAUCAGCCGAGCUCGACAGUGCUGCGUCGGCAGGCGUCAGGGAGGGUGGCGCAGAGGCGAUACUGGCGGCGAUUGUGGCGAGGAGGGGUGACGCGUCACGAUUGUGAUGGAGUUGUGAUGGGGGUGAUGGAGAGAGGGACCUCGUGCUCGGGACGGAUGUGUGCGAUGGGGCUGAUGGGAAGGGAUAGGAAGAGACGGACCUUGAGCCGGUGUUGGACUCAGAAGGCACAGCUGUGUCCCAAUGUGCGGUGGCUUGGACUGCUGGGAUUCGUAGUCACAAUGCUUCCCGGAGCUUUCAGUCAAGAUUCAAGGUGUUAUUUACCAGAGUCUAGUUCGGUGGCCACAUUUUUCGUCCCUGAAGACCUGCCCGUCGGAGCCGUUAUAGGUUCUCUGCAGGUGCAGGGUGACCCGUCGGAGCGCGGUGACAUCCGACUCAGUCUGGACAGACAGGACUACCCAGUCACCAUCCAGCCCGGCACGUCCAACAUUACACUGACCAGCGCACUAGACAGAGAGGGUCGGGACGGGCCGUCAUCUGUGGCAGUCAGCGUGAUCUGCGAGAGGAAGGGCACCACAGACCCGAGUAUCGUCAUUCCGGUCAAUAUUCGAGUUCAAGAUGUCAAUGAUAACGCGCCCAGGUUCAUCGGAGACCCGUACACAUUGAACAUAUCCGAGGUAACCGUUCCGGGCACGGUGGUUCUUCAGGGCAUCAAAGCCGUGGAUGCCGAUCAGCAGGGUCCCUUCUCUACCGUCCACUACUCCGUCAUCGAGGGAAACUACGCCGAGUAUAUUGACUUUGCGAAUGGAUUGGACGGUACCCUGCGACUGAAGCAGCAGCUCGACUUCGAGACUGUACAGCAGUUCCGACUCACCCUGCGUGCUGAGGACCAGGGCGACCCAGUCCGGUCCACGGAGGCCAUUCUGACGGUGAACGUGAUCGACGCGGACGACCAGAACCCGCGCUUUUUCGACGACCGCUACGUCACCACGCUGCCCACAGAGCCUCGCCAGGGUGACGUGCUGACACUUCGACCACGGCGCCUGCGGGCAUUUGACCAGGACAUUGGGAUCAAUGCGCCGGUCACAUACGCUUUCACAUCAGAUGGCGCCGACUCGCAUUAUUUCGCCAUUGAUCGAGAGUCCGGAGAGAUCUCGAUCGCCGAGACCAUCCCAGACUCGGAGCUGCUCCAGCCCAUCACACUUGUUGUCAAGGCGACCCAGGUGGACAACGCCGACCGGUAUGCGCUGACGACGCUCACCGUUCGCCGCGAGGGGGUGUUCACCGAAGAUCUUCAAUUCGUGCAGGCCAACUACGUGGCUAGCGUGCUGGAGAACCGACGCGUCGGAUCGGUCAUCCUGACAGUCAUCACCAACCGGCUCAGCGACCCGAGUGUGCGGUACUACAUGCCCGAGCAGCCGAGCCAGUUCAAGAUCCAGCGGAACGGCGAGGUGGUUCUCGUGGAGCCGCUCGACUACGAGACGCAGGACCGGCUCAACUUCUCCGUGGUGGCCACCAACGGACGACAGACGGAUACUGCAAACAUCUCCAUAAUCGUGCUGAACGUCAACGACUGGGACCCUCGCUUCCGCUACCCGAGUUUCGACUUCGCGGCCUCGCCGAGCGCCCGACCCGGUGACGUGGUGGGUCGUCUGACGGUGUAUGACGGAGACCGCGGCGACCGCGUCUCGCUCGGACUGAUGGGACAGGAUGCCAGGGGUUUCUCGGUGACCAAAGAGGGUGACCUGGUGAUCCGCGAUGUCAGCGUCCUCAACUCGUCCGUGGCACACCUGGUGGCGGUGGCCAGAGACAGCGGAGUGCCUCCGCGACGGUCUUCUGUACCGGUGACGGUUCGUUUCCCACAAGAGCUACUCGGACCCAGCACCCGGGCUGAGAGCUCACUACUGCUGAUGAUCAUAUUCGGAGUGCUGCUCGGAGUCCUGAUUCUGGUCAUCGUCACACUCGCUCUCUACAUCUGCAAAUAUAAGAAGGAUCGUGCGCGGAACCGUCGCACCUCGCCCGCGCUGGGGACCAAGGUGGCCAGCUACGUCAACAACUCGAUCCCGCACGAGAAGCUGGACGGCGGCGGCAGCGGCAGCGGGCCGGACUCACCGCGCUCCUCGCACAUCGGAUCGAACCUGGUGGUCGACCUCGACACCGUCAACCUCGACAGAUCGCUGGGCGGCACCGCCACCCUCUCCCGAAGCAGUCGCCGUUUCUCCAGAGGAGCCUCCGCCAACGGCAGUCUGCGCAAUCCUCUGGCGACGGGAGCUGACCUCGGCACGGCCACCCUGGCGCGCCAGGCGGCCGCCGUCCGCGGCUCGCAGAGGUCACUGCAGUCCAACGCCAGCUCGACCUUCCGACCGGGAGGAUCAGUCUCCGGCUGGCCAGACGGCAGUAUACCCAAACGGGUCAAGAAGCUCAGCUGGGAGGAUGAACAGAAUCGGUCACUGCGGUCGGUGAAGUAUCCUGACGGCCACGUUAAGACUCCGCUGGAGCCGAUCAUUCAGGAGGGCUCCUCAGGAGGGGGACAGGAUUACCAGGAGAUCACUCUGCCCGGCCGCCUGCCGCUGAGCCACGAGAGCAAGACGGAGCUGGAUCCUGACGUUAGCGUUACACCGCUACCCAACACACCGUCAGUGGAGAUGGAGCAAAGCCCUGUGGCCGUCUACUUCUAACUAAGGCCGUCUAGUUCAACUACAGCCACGGACAGUGUGCUAUGGUGACACCCCACUCCGUGAGGGGUGGCAAGGACAAAUACCUCAUGGAGUAGCACAACUCUGGAGGCGACAGUGGAACGGUCAACCUGUGCAGUGAUUGAGUGGAGCCGACGUCAGAUGAACUUAUAGGCGGGAUCUCCGCCAAUCAGUGCACAGUUCGUAACUGGUGCGACCAAUAAACGUUCAGUGUGUGAGAUAUGCCAAUAGGCGCGCAGAGAGUGGUCAGUUCACCAGUGAGAACAUUCCGAAGAGCUAAUUCUUGUUAUACAGUGAAUUUAGCUGGUUAAAUGUAAAUGUGAACAUGUUUCGGUGAGGCUGGCCUGUGUAUGUAUAUUUAUUGAGGACGAAUGAGAUGAAUGCCGGUAGUUGCACAAUGAUGUGACGUUAUUGUAAAUAGGCACCUAUAUGUUGCCUAUUGACUUGGUCCGUCCUUCACCACCAUGUGAAGGACGGACCAAGUAUGAAAGCAAUGUUGUAUCGGUGCACAGAGUCUGUUACAUUUUCGACACCCUGAAUGUUGAGCGUAAUGUUAUUGUGGAGUCAAGCCAGUCUCCCAUUAUUGGUAUUUGAGAUGUUUCUGGAUGGUCAAAAGGCGGCAUAUGUAUCAAUUUAUUGACACUGUCCGCCAAAGGUUCCUCACUCCUUCUUACUAGCCUCUUCCGUUUCUUGUGUACAAACUACAAACAUGUCGACUUUUCCAACGAAUGAUUGAUAUUCCGGUUCGAAAGAUUUGCAUGUCGUGUAAACUGACGUCAAUGAUGUAACUCACGGCUUCCAGACUCGCAGUCUCUAGUGUUUCAGCUGACAGUUUGAUCGGGUCGGCAUCAGGCGUGCUGAAAAUUGUGUAUUUUUGUAAAUUGUUCUGGAGACGCAUGUGGUCUAUUUGUUACCUUUUUAAAUAAAUGUAUACGGUAUAAAGAA